GGGGGAGGCGGGUUCUGCGCCGCCAUGUCGCGGAGGCUGCUGCCCCGGGCGGAGAAGCGGCGUCGGCGGCUGGAGCAGAGGCAGCAGCCGGACGAGCAGCAGCGGCGGUCCGGAGCGAUGGUGAAGAUGGCGGCGGCGGGAGGCGGAGGCGGCGGUGGCCGCUACUACGGCGGCGGCAGUGAGGGCGGCCGGGCCCCUAAGCGGCUCAAGACUGACAACGCCGGCGACCAGCAUGGAGGCGGCGGCGGCGGUGGAGCCGGGGCGGCGGGCGGCGGCGGCGGGGAGAACUACGAUGAUCCACACAAAACCCCUGCCUCCCCAGUUGUCCACAUCAGGGGCCUGAUUGACGGCGUGGUGGAAGCUGACCUUGUGGAGGCCUUGCAGGAGUUUGGACCCAUUAGCUAUGUGGUGGUAAUGCCUAAAAAGAGACAAGCGUUGGUGGAAUUUGAAGAUGUGUUGGGGGCUUGCAACGCCGUGAACUACGCAGCAGACAACCAAAUUUACAUUGCGGGCCACCCAGCUUUUGUCAAUUACUCCACCAGCCAGAAGAUCUCCCGCCCUGGGGACUCAGAUGACUCUCGGAGCGUCAACAGUGUGCUUCUCUUUACCAUCUUGAACCCUAUCUAUUCUAUUACCACGGAUGUACUUUAUACUAUCUGUAACCCUUGUGGUCCUGUCCAGAGAAUCGUCAUUUUCCGGAAGAAUGGAGUCCAGGCCAUGGUGGAAUUUGACUCUGUGCAGAGUGCCCAGCGAGCCAAGGCCUCACUCAAUGGGGCUGAUAUCUAUUCAGGGUGUUGCACUCUGAAGAUCGAAUAUGCGAAGCCUACACGCUUGAACGUGUUCAAGAAUGAUCAGGAUACUUGGGACUACACAAACCCAAAUCUCAGUGGACAAGGUGACCCUGGCAGCAACCCUAACAAACGCCAGAGGCAGCCCCCUCUCCUGGGAGAUCACCCCGCAGAAUAUGGUGAGGGCAGGGGGUUCCCCUCCGUGGACUCCCGUGGCUCAUGUGCCCCUGCCCGCCGCCCGACGCGCAAAUUCUCACCCGUCCUCCCUCUUUUUCCUUCCCACCCCCCAGGAGGGCCCCACGGUGGGUACCACAGCCAUUACCAUGAUGAGGGCUACGGGCCCCCCCCACCUCACUACGAAGGGAGAAGGAUGGGCCCACCAGUGGGGGGUCACCGCCGGGGCCCAAGUCGCUACGGCCCCCAGUAUGGGCACCCCCCACCCCCUCCCCCACCACCCGAGUAUGGCCCCCACGCCGACAGCCCUGUGCUCAUGGUCUAUGGCUUGGAUCAAUCUAAGAUGAACUGUGACCGGGUCUUCAAUGUCUUCUGCUUGUAUGGCAAUGUGGAGAAGGUGAAAUUCAUGAAAAGCAAGCCGGGGGCCGCCAUGGUGGAGAUGGCUGAUGGCUAUGCUGUGGACCGGGCCAUUACCCACCUCAACAACAACUUCAUGUUUGGGCAGAAGCUGAAUGUCUGUGUCUCCAAGCAACCAGCCAUCAUGCCUGGUCAGUCAUAUGGGCUGGAAGAUGGGUCCUGCAGUUAUAAAGACUUCAGUGAAUCGAGGAAUAAUCGGUUCUCCACUCCGGAGCAGGCAGCCAAGAACCGCAUCCAGCACCCUAGCAAUGUGCUGCACUUCUUCAAUGCCCCUCUGGAGGUGACCGAAGAGAAUUUCUUCGAGAUCUGUGAUGAGCUGGGAGUGAAGCGGCCGUCUUCUGUGAAAGUAUUCUCAGGCAAAAGUGAACGCAGCUCCUCUGGGCUGCUGGAGUGGGAGUCCAAAAGUGAUGCCCUGGAGACUUUGGGCUUCCUGAACCAUUACCAGAUGAAAAACCCAAAUGGGCCGUACCCUUACACCCUGAAGUUGUGUUUCUCCACCGCUCAGCACGCCUCCUAAUUAGGUGCCUAUGAAGAGUCCCAUCUGAGCAGGAAAACAUUUCUCUUUCCUUUAUGCUGUUUUUCUCUUUCCUUUUUUCUUCCUUUUUUUUUUUUUUUUUGGCAAAUGUUCCUGUACUCUUUUUUUUUUUUUUUUUUCCUUUCUUUUAAUUCUAGGUUAGUAGAGACUUAACCAUAAUGGAAACUCUGGAAGUCUAAAGGGGGAGGGGAAGGGGAACUGAUAUCUCCCAAGAUUAACCUUCACUUUUUAAAGAAUUACUGUACAUGUGAUUUUUUUUUUUUUUCUUCCUGUUCAUACAUUUGUGCUGCCCAUGUACUCUUGGCAUAUUUCAAUAAAAUUGUUUGGAAAAUAAACAGAGCACUUGCUGGGA